GGGAAUCGCCUAGGCGUUUUUGUAUUACAAUAAUAUUAUUAUACAAUUAAAAAAAAAUUGCUUCCAACAUAAUUAAGAUGUCACGGAGUGAUGCUGACAGUGUCAGGCGGCACAAUUGACGAAAGCUGUGAAAUCGCAGGAGCGUGGUUUGAUUGAUCAUUAGCAUUUUUAGGGUUAGGGAACAGCGCAAUUAGUAACGAAGAAAUAUUGAGUGUGUAAAACCAGUGGGCGUUUAUGUAGGUCUGAUGUAACUAAUGUUGAAUGCUAGUUACCUCGCUUGCUCAUAAGUAUGUAGAUAAAAUAUCUCAUAGUGUACUUUCCCUUUGAAAACAUUGGAAGGUUUGGAAGUGUGUAGAGUUAAAAUAAACCCGCGAUUGUUUUGUUGAGAGGAAUCGAAUUCAGAACGAAGAAUCAAAAUGAUGAUGCAGUAUAUGAAGGAAUUAGAACAGGAACCAUUUGAUCCAGAGGAAUUUGUAGAACGCCUUGCUUGGAGAACAGUUGCAGACAGCAGAGGUGAGGGAACAGGACAUUUUGAUCCUGUUUUGCUUCAUGAGACAUUUCUUCAGGCCAUCAAGGAUCUGCAACUUCUGCAAGAACGUCAGCAAAAGAAAUGUGAGCGCCUGGAGAUGAUGUGUCGGGAAGAAGAGAAUGGACACUGGCAACAGAUUUCCCAGCUGCAAGACAGGAAUAAGGCAUCAGUGAAAAUGUUUCAAGAGCUAGAUGAGAGAAUUAAUUAUGUGGCUACGAAAGUAAUUCACUUGGGUGACCAGUUGGAAAGUGUUAACACACCUCGAGCCCGGGCAGUUGAGGCACAGAAGCUGAUGAAUCAUUUUGCAGAAUUUCUGAGCCCUGGGCCAUUGCUUGCUGAAGUUUUUACUGAUAAAACUCAGAUAGAUGAAGCAGCUGAUAUCAUACAGAAGUUACAUUUGAUUGCUCAGGAAUUACCUUCAGGAAAAUUUGAAAAGGCGAAAAAGAAAAUAGCAACUAAGUACGAUGAAAUUGAAAGAUCUCUGAUUGAGGAGUUUGUGAAAGCUCAUCGCUCAGAUGACAAAGGAAGGAUGAAAGAAGUUGCGACUGUUCUCUCUCAUUUCAAGGGUUAUCCACAAUGUGUAGAUGCAUUCAUUGAACAAAGCCAGAUGAGUGCAUUUACAGGGAAAGAUGUCUUCCGAGAUGUCAUUCCUUUGUGUGAAAAAAAUUUUACUGUGAUGACUGAGGUAUUCAGUAAUCCAGACCAAGUGAUGGCAAAGUUUGUCCUUAAUAUCUAUCAUUUGAAACUGCAGAACUACAUUGUGGCUAGUUUGUCAGAUAGAAGUGACACAGACAGAUAUCUCAAGAAUUUGUAUGAUUUAUAUUCAAGAACAGUUAAACUCUCAAAUGAUCUGUCUCACUUUCAAAUGGGGAAUGACAGUAUGUAUCUCAGUAAACUGACUACGAACAUCUUUCAGAAGUAUUUGGACUCGUAUAUCAGUGUAGAAACGAAGUGUCUGAAAGAAAAGAGUGCUGCAGUAUUACAUAAAUAUUAUGAAUGCAAGAAUCACCAGAAGAAGCAGAUCCAAACUGGAGGUUUCCAGGAUUUGAGAAGAGAUCUCCAGGCAGUGAUUGGAACACGCACAAACUUUAACAUUGCUCAGAUUGAAAACUAUGGAGGUGAAACAUUCUUAUCUGAAGAAGUAGCAAUUGCAUUACUUCAGGAGAGCAAAUUGGCAUUCAGAAGAUGUGAGCUGUUGUCCCGUCAGUCUGACCUGCCAGGUAAUGCACUUCAGAUAUUUGAAAUUUUGCUGCAUUAUCUCAUGGCUGAGCACCUGGAUUAUGCCCUUGAACUGGGCUUGCAAAGUGUGCCCAUACCAGAGAACAAAACACAGCCUCAGAUCUCCUUCUUCGAUGUCUUACGACAGUGUAAUGCCAUCGUUCAUCUACUGGAGAAGCAGUUCAUUGGUAGCCUUGUCCCAUUGGUCAUAUCUACACCAAAGCAUGGUGAUUGUCUCCAGAAGAAAAAAUAUCUUUUGGAACAGAUUGAAUUUAAAUUAGACAUAGGACUUGACAGGUCCAUUAAUGCUAUUGUUGGCUGGGUGAAAAUAUAUCUUCAAACAGAACAGAAGAAAACUGAUUUCAAACCUGAAACAGAUCUGGACACACUGGCUUCUCCUGCAUGUUUGGCUGUGGUUCAGUAUGUUGGAAGCAUGGUGGAAAGGAUCAGAGAUAGCUUAGAUGGUAAAAACGUUGAAGCCCUUAUGAUGGAAUUUGGUACACGUUUCCAUCGAGUUAUUUAUGAACAUCUACAGCAGUUCCAGUAUAAUUCAGCAGGAGCAAUGUGUGCAAUCUGUGAUGUCAACGAAUAUAGAAAAUGUGUGAAAGAAUUUAAGGUUCCAUUGGUGAACACGUUAUUCGAUACACUUCAUGCACUGUGUAAUUUGCUUUUAGUAAAACCUGAAAAUUUAAAGCAAGUCUGUACAGGAGACCAACUGGCCGGUCUGGACCGAUCCAUCCUUCUGAAUUUCAUUCAGCUUAGAAGUGAUUACAAAACACAGAAAUUGGCUGUCUCACUCAAGGGCUUAGCUACAUGAAACUGGUGAUAAAAAAGCACCUCAGGCCUUUAUGUCUUUCUCUGAUUAGAAGAUGGAUGGAAGUUAACACGUCAGUAAUCAAAGCUGCAGCAAGAAUGGAGCAGACAGGCAGAGUGUUCCUAAAGUCAGAGCUUUCAAUAUUUAGUUAAGUUGUAAUAAAUGGUAAAUCAUGAGUUAAGUGAAGUACUUAGAAGUAGAGGCUGAUUUACUUGGAGGCGGCCCCAAAAUAAUAAUUAUAAAUCAUGCAGUAAUUUAUGAUGAGAAUGAAACUUUAUAUACCUUGGUAGAUGUGGAAGUCCUUGGGUUACAAGGGAUGUAUAGAAUUGUCUUCCCUUCACCUGGAAACACAGGCUUAUGGUGGUCCAUGUUCACAAAUGUUGUAGCCAGUAUGAUAGAAGGAACUGCAAAAACAAGGUGAACUGAGCAGGCACCGGAUUUGUUUUGCAAAGUACACUGUUACCAAGUUUUUGUUUUCCUCAGUAAAUUGUUGCAUGAUUAAUAAUUAGUAUAUCAGAGCCUCAUCCAAGUGAAUCAACUGAUAUCAUACAGUGUUAACUGCAUAUGAAUUAAUGUUAUCACAUGAAACAUUUCUUCAGUAUAACACAAAUAAUUUUCUGUAUAAACCAUGAAAUAGAUGACCUGUAUUUGUA